AUGUCCAAAUCACCUUUUUAUUCAAUUCUUCUUCCAACUUAUAAUGAACGAGAAAAUUUACCAGUUGUUGUUGCUUUAAUUGAAGAAUAUUUAAAUGAUACACCACAUGAAAUAAUUAUUAUUGAUGAUAAUUCACCUGAUGGUACACAACAAGUUGCUAUUGAAUUACAACAUCAAUUAGGUCCAGAACGAAUUAUUCUUAAACCACGUUCAGGUAAAUUAGGUUUAGGUUCAGCUUAUAUUCAUGGUUCACAAUAUGCACGUGGAGAUUUUAUUAUUAUUAUGGAUGUUGAUUUAUCACAUCAUCCACGUUAUAUUCCAUCAUUUAUUGAAAAACAACGUGAAGGAAAUUAUGAUAUUGUAACAGGUAGUCGUUAUUUACCUGGUGGUGGUGUUGCUGGAUGGAAUCUUAAGCGUAAAAUAAUAUCAUGUGGAGCUAAUUACUUAACACAACUUCUACUUCGUCCACCAAUAUCUGAUGUAACUGGUUCAUUUCGUUUAUAUCGUAAAUCUAUAUUUGAUCAAUUAAUAAGUCAAUGUACGUCAAAAGGAUAUGUUUUUCAAAUGGAAAUGAUUGUACGAGCUGUUAAAGCUAAAUUACGUAUUGCGCAAAUACCGAUUAUAUUUGUUGAUCGACUUUAUGGUGAAUCAAAAUUAGGUGGACAAGAAGUUGUUCUAUUUGCUAAAGGUGUACUUCAAUUAACUUUUCUUGAAUAG